GCAGUGUGGACAAUUAAUAACAAUUAAUAACAAUUAUAACCCAGGGAAUCAAAGGGAUUUUUCUGCUCAUCAGAGUGGCAACAUGGAAAACGUGCUGGCAGUUCUGAAUUUGGGCGAUUUUGCCCAGAUGUUUUCCAAAAUGGGAAUGUUUCCUGUAUUUGAUCUCGCAUAUUACAUCGUUUCCAUCCUAUAUCUCAAAUAUGAACCAGGCUCAGUGGAGGUGUCUCGCAGAAGUCCUGUGGCCUCCUGGCUGUGUGCCAUGCUCUACUGCUUCGGUAGUUACAUCCUGGCAGACAUUAUGCUCGGGAGCAGCCCUGUUGACUAUUUCCAAUACAACAGCCACAUCCUGCUGGCCUCAGCUGUCUGGUACCUCAUCUUUUACUGCCCCCUGAACCUCUUCUACAAAUGUGUGGCCUUCCUGCCCGUCAAGCUGGUGCUGGUGGCUCUGAAGGAGGUCGUCCGCACUCGCAAGAUCGCAGCAGGCGUCCACCACGCCCACCACGCCUACCACCAUGGCUACUUCAUCAUGGUGAUUGUUGGAUACGUCAAAGGAUCUGGAGUGGCUCUUAUUUCCAAUUUUGAGCAGCUGCUGCGUGGUGUGUGGAGGCCUGAGACUAAUGAGAUCCUCAACAUGUCAUUCCCGACUAAAGCCAGCUUGUACGGAGCGAUUCUAUUCACCCUGCAGGAGGCCCACUGGCUGCCAGUGUCCAAGAGCACCCUCAUCCUGGUCUUCACCCUCUUCAUGGCCACAACCAAGGUGGUGAUGACGGCCCGCCACUCUCACGGCUCCCCCUUCAGCCUCGUUGAGUCUUGGAUUUGCCAUUUGCUCUUCGGCUCUCCUCUGGGCGGUGGCGAGGAAGACAACCAUCAUCCUCCUGCUGCCGCUGCUCCUUCUUCACCACUCAAAAGCAGGGAGGAGCUGAGCGAAGGCACUCGCAAGAGGAAGGCCAAGAAAGCCGAGUAGGAUAUCUAGUUGGUGAAAAUGCAUCGGACUUAUUCUUCCAUCUGACUUCCAAUUCCUUUUCCAAGGAAAUGAGCAGUUUGAUCCUCUCCACAUGAGACCCUUUUUAUCGGAGCAACAUGAUGCUUUAUGCAUUUUACAAAGCUGAGGGACUGUAAAUACCAAGGCGAAUGUUUAACACGUCACCCGAACCAGGAUAUCUUAAACCCCUUAAUGAGUCUGGGAACAUCUGCAUCUUCGUCCAACACUGUGUGGGGAUCCAGUGGCGGUUCAGGAGCUGUGUGGUUAAUUCAUCAUGGCCAUGGCUCCAAUAUUUUUAUUUUUUUUUAGAAGCAGUCUUAUUUUAGUCCAAUUUUUUUUUUCUUAUUCAGAAAGAAACCAUAAAAAGACAGAUUGAUUCAACUCUAAUUCACAUUGAAAUGUGAAUUAGGCAUUUUAGAAGUUACCAUUUUUCUUUUUUUCUGAGAUGAAACCACAUUUCUAUGAUUAAAGAGAAUUAAGAUGA